AUGGUCGGUUGGCAGCUUCGAUUAACACCUAAACGAACAUUAGUGAGAAGUGUUGUGGCUGUCAUUGGUUUGGCGAUUGGAGCGUAUGGUGUGGGGUGUAUUUAUAAACCGCUUCAGACGAACUGGAUUUACGUAAAGCUGAAUUGCUACUUCAUUACAAGAAGAAACAUGAUGAUCGUGUCCGAAAAGCUACCAGGAUGCAGAAUGAAUCAGAUAUCAAGGAAUUAUAACGAUAGUUCUUAUCAUGAUGAACUGCAUCCGAACUCUUCAUUCAAGCAGAUCUUUAAAUACUACAAACGACAUGAUAUCAUCCCUGAUUUGUCUGAAGUGCUUGACUUGCGUCACUCAUCAGCAGCUAAGGGAAUUUGCUGCUCUAGAUUCGAACCAAUUGUAUUGCCAUCGAAGGAAAUUUUAAAAAGCCUAAAGCUGCGACCAAUAUCUGAAUGGACUGCAUCAACUAUUGCUCAUCGACCAGGUAUGGUAUUGCUGAAUAAUAUUUUCGAAACGACUGGUCAUCUGGAAUGGAUAAAACGUUCAUUAUUCGUUUAUACAGAGCCACCAGGUUUCACCAACGUUGGUCUACAAAUACCCAAUGCUCGAAAUGUUUUUAGAGAACAUGCGAAACGGCUACGAUGGACCACUCUUGGUCUUCAUUACAACUGGACAACAAAAAUUUAUCCCCCUGAGGGUGUCCCAUUGCCUGCAGAACUCGUGUCGUUGUCAGAUAUUUUCUCACAAGCGCUUGGUUUAGGACCAAUGUUUGCGGAUGCUGCUAUCAUAAAUUUCUACUCUAGGAAAGCUACAUUAGCUCCACACGUUGAUAAAUCGGAACGUGAGCUUGCGCAACCAAUUAUUUCGCUAAGUUUCGGUCAGACUGCAGUUUUUCUGGCUGGUGGACUCGAUUUAAACUGCCCUAUCGAUGCAUUUUACAUUCACUCAGGUGAUGUCUUAAUCAUGUACGGAUCGCAGCGGCUUAUUUAUCAUGCUGUUCCACGAAUUUUACAAAACACUUUAUUUGAAGAAUAUGAGCAGUUUAAAGAAGUCGUGAACUAUGCAAAUGGAAAUCGCGUCAACAUCACCAUUCGGCAAGUAAAUAAACAAGUGUGA